CCUCGGGCCCGGGCGCUUAUAACGGCGCUGGGAGCAGCACCCGGAGAGCUGCAGAAGCUGCCCAGCCGCUGCUCACGGAUCGAGGGACUGGGAGUGUAGGUCGGGGUUCGGGACCGAGCGCAGAGCCGCAGGGACCCAGAGACGCAAAACAAGCACAGGUGUCAUGUCGCAGCCACCAGGGGACACCUGCCCGGUCCCACGCAGCAGCAAGGCCUGCCGCUGUCUCUUUGGCCCUGUGGACAGCGAGCAGCUGCGCCGGGACUGUGACGCGCUCAUGGCCAGCUGCCUGCAGGAGGCCCGGCAGCGGUGGAACUUCGACUUCCUCACCGAGACGCCGCUGGAGGGCGACUUCGCCUGGGAGCGAGUGCGGGGCCUGGGGAUACCCAAGCUCUACCUGAGCCCAGGGUCCUGCGGCAGCGGGGGCCGGGAUGACACGGGAGGAGGCGGCAGGCGGCCUAGCCCCUCCGCUGCUGCCCUGCUGCAGGGGACGAUGGCUCAGGAGGACCACGUGGACCUGUCGCUGACCUGCACCCUCGUGUCUCAACCUUCCGAGCAGCCCGAGGGGUCUCUGGGGGGUCCCGGAACCUCUCAGAGCCGAAAACGGCGACAGACCAGCAUGACGGAUUUCUACCACUCCAAACGCCGUCGGAUCUUCUGCAAGAGGAAGCCCUGAUCUCCCCGGCCGGAAGCUUCGAGCUCCCAGACACGGGCGGCCAGCGGCCCGUCCACACCUCCUGCCUUUGUCCUCCACUUCGUGCGUCUUAAUUAUUAUUUGUGUUUUAAUUUAAGCUCCUCCUCAUGUACAUACCUGCCUGCUCCCCUACACCAACCCCAACCCAGGCUCUGGCAUUAGAAUUAUUUAAAAACAGUUAAGCGGUAGAAUGGUAGGCUUGCAGAGCGCUGGGUAUUUUUAUUAUAUGAAAUGUUAUUUAAAACCUUCUUUUACUUCGCUCUUCGUCCCCCAUCUCCCGUGGACGGUGCAGCUGGCUUCAUGUCUGCUGAACCUCCUCUGCCCUCACCCCCUGGGUGGCACUGACCUGCCCUCCAACUCAGCCCCGAGUCCCUGGAAUCUGAGAAGUAAACAGAUGAUAGCACUUUGCAGGGGCCCAGCCAUGUAGGGACAUCAUCACAAACUCUGGGUCUCCUCACCUCCUCUGGAGUCGGGCAUGUGACCGUGAAGUGGGCACAGCCUGGGACAGACCCCCGCCCUGGCCCCAGUGCCCCCUACUCUGCCCUGUUGAAGCAGGGAAGAUCAGGUCCUGUAGCAGCCCCACUCCCAGACCCCCUGUGCCACCCUCAGGGAGCCUGGCUCCCUCUCUUUACUUUUUUGGGGGGCCUCCAGCUGUCCCUCUUUCCCAGCUGGCUCUCAAGGCCUCUCUGCUGCUGUCCCCUCCCCCAAGUCCUUCAUCUCCAGUACUCCGUUGGCUAUGAGUGGCAGCUGUGGGCACCUGUCCCCAGACACCGAGAUGUAGGGCUCCCUAGUUCUACCUCAGGUAGCACAACAGCCUAGGCUCCCCCUCUGACUCCAGGGUGCAGUCCCGGAUGGCCCCCAAGAACACCCCGUCACUGUGUGUUAGGAGUGUGGGGUGGGCAGAGUGGGUCUGUCCCUGCAAGCCAUAAGUGACAGUCGGUGACCAUCUCUGUCCAGGCCCUCCCUCCCCACUCACUGCACUUUGAAUAGCAGUUGAACAAGGAGUCAGACCAAAGUGGUGGCUGUGGGGACCACAGGAGGCGGCUGGGUGGGCAGACAGGAGCCCAGGGUGAUGGUGGCUCUGUCCCCACACUGAACACUGACUUCCUUGAGGUACCAAAGCACUUAGCGCGUCUGACCCCAAACACCCUCCAGCUCCUGCGACAUUCCAGCCAGGGCUAUGUUCCCUCGCUCCUCAGUGUGUGACGCUGACUCCAUCUACACUGUAAGCCUUUCGAGGGUAGGAACCACCCCUGCCCCGUGCUGAUCUGUGUCCUAGCAGCCUUCCCACAGUCCGGGGUACACAGCUGGUGCUCAGUAAAUAUCUCUCAAUGACUA